UAUCCGCAGGAAAUAUCCACUCGCUGAUAACGAAUUCGCCGUGCCGUGGUGGUGCAGGACCGGAAGUGCAAUACGCUCGGUGUGCUACCUACCUCUUUGUCGUUCGCCGUUCAGCCGUGAGAGGAUCGUCCUAUUCAGGAGAUGGCGGGCUCGAAAGCUGGCGAGGAUCAAAAGAAGGAGGCUGCGGAUCAAAACUACGACUACAUGUUCAAGUUGCUGAUUAUCGGCAACUCGUCCGUAGGCAAAACCUCCUUCCUCUUCCGUUACGCGGAUGAUUCAUUCACCUCGGCCUUCGUAUCGACCGUCGGGAUCGAUUUUAAGGUGAAAACGGUCUUCAGGAACGAGAAAAGGGUGAAGCUACAGAUCUGGGACACGGCGGGUCAGGAGAGAUACAGAACGAUAACAACGGCCUACUACAGGGGCGCGAUGGGCUUCAUCCUGAUGUACGACAUAACGAACGAGGAGUCGUUCAAUUCGGUACAAGACUGGGUUGAAAGAGUGAUCAGCGAAGAGAGGGGCAAACAGCUGGCGGACCAAUUGGGGGUCCAAUUCUUCGAGACGUCUGCCAAAGAGAACAUUAACAUUAAGACGGUGUUCGAGCAGCUGGUGGACUUCAUAUGCGACAAGAUGAGCGAGUCCCUGGACAAUGACCCGACCCUGAUCGCUGGCGGAAUGGGCCAGGCGAAGGGUCAACGACUCACCGAUCAGCCGACCAAUCCAGCGACCACCAACUGUAAUUGCUAAAAACGUUGGGUGGCCACACCCCCUAAGCACUAUAUAAGAGGAAGCAAACCGGAUGAUGGAUACAGAGGAAGGAAACUUAGAUGGAAACCGCGUGUAUGCCUGUACAUGUGUGCGUGAACGCGUGGUCUAUCCUGGGUGUGUGUGUCUGUACGCAAAGAGUGUGUACCCGUGUGCGUGGGAAAGAGAAAGGGACACGUUGAGAGAGAGAAAGAGAGAAGGAGGAAAGGUCGAGUGAUAAAAAAACGCUGGCUCUAGUUCAAAAUCCUGUCUAUCGUUCCUUUAACCCCCCUCUGUGUUUCCUGGCCGUUUCUUCGUUCUGCUCUUUUUCUUUCCUCCUUUCUCGAUCAAUGUAUUUAUAUAUGUGCACAUAAAUACGUAUAUAUGUACAGGGUGAACCGUGCGAGAUUCGAUCAAACUGCUUACUUUCCUCCUUAGUCAAGUCUCUUUCUGGAGUUCUAUAGGGUAUCGAUCGCUCGAUCCACGGGGAUCUAUCAGCCGGUCUGGGUGAUGAAUUAUGGAGGUAAUGUAUCAAACUGACCAUAAGUCC